AUGGUCACCUACAAAGUUCUUUCACUUUCGCUCUUUGCUCUCGGCAUCCAAGCUCUCGCCUUGCCUGAUAGAUUUGGAGGUCCUCCUGGUUUCCCCGGACAAGGCGGUCCCCCAGGCGGUCCUCCAGCUGGUCCCCCCGGCCGAGACGGUCCAGGAGGCCCGGGAGAUGGUCCUGGGUAUCCUGGACCAGGAUAUCCCGGUGGUAAUCCUCCAGACUGGCCUGGAUCUCCUGGUUUCCCGCAGCCUGGGCCCCCGGGCGGAGGGCAACCAGGAUGGCCUCAGCCCAGCUUUCCGAGUUGGCCUAGCAUCCCGGUAACCACUACCACUGUCGCUAUUUCUUCGACAACAACCUCACCGUAUGUUCCCCCAUCAUUUCCCUCUCAUCAGCCCGACAACGACCAGCACGAAAUCCCCAACCACAUCUGCAAGCACUGCUACUACCACUUCCGGCGUAACCUCUACUUCGUCCUCGGUCUCGACGUCCUCACUAACGACAACAACUUCAACCGUUCCCACAACAACGCCUACAACUUUGUCGACUACGACCACACCAAGCACAACCACUACGACGACAACAACAACGACUACCACAUCCACCAUUCCUCCUACGACUCCGAUCACCACCACAACCACUACAACCACGACGACAACAACGACCACCACCGCCACAACUACUACCACGACCCCUCCGCCGAAUUGUCCUAUUCCAACACUGCAAAAUGUGGCUUCACUUCCGGGCUAGUGGACGAGGUUGAACAAGCAGGCACGGGCAUCUUCAUCCCCCGUUCCGGCAAUAACUAUUUCCAAGUAACCAACACGGGCACGUCGCCGUCAGAAGCGCGCAUCGCUCAGUCGCCAACCUUCUGCAACGGAGUCGACUACACAAUCUCGCUCUGGGCCAUCGGCGACUGCAAUGGCGCAGCCCAGUGUGCCGGCUUCUCAAGUGUUCGUGUCCAGAUCGUCACCAACAUCGGCUUCAGCACGGAUUUCACCCUCUCCAAUAUCGGUCCCGCCGAUUGGCAGGAGCUCACCUACACGUUCACCUGGACCGCCGGAACUGGCCUCUCCCCGGUCUCGAUCAACGUCUUUAUGGACAACCAGAACGAAUCGAUCGGGCUGGACGAUAUCAGCAUCUCGUUUGCUUGA